UGUGCAGAAAUGAGCGAAUUACCCGACUUUUCACUACCAUCAUCCGAAUUCGGGCGGGGCGUCUCCGCGACAACAUCCGAGAUUGACAGCACCACGUGCAGCACCGUGAAUUCUGGUGCAUGUAGCCGCACAGAAACUAGAGAGGAGACAUGGAAUACAUUGAUUAACAAACCUAUUCCCGAAGCAAUAGCGCCAGGCAAUAUAAUAGAAGAAAUCAUGUUCAGCGAAAAAACUUCAGUCAUGUCCAGGGAUGUUGUCCACUCUUCAGAAUAUGCAUGCGUUAACAGUCCGGAUAUCCGGAAACUCUCCGACGACUUUGACAGCACAGAUUCGGAAUUUACAGCAGAAAAUGUCAUCGCAGCUGAUGAAAGGUUGCGUGUCACGCCAUGCACGUCACAACCGUACAGGUGGAUUUGUUAUUUAGAAAUAACAACCGUAACUGGACUUACGUACAAAGGAACAGGGUUUUUCAAUACUAUGUUAGGCCCUGGGAAACCUGGCCUGAUCCUGACGUGUGCGCACAAUUUGUACAUCCACAAUCAUGGAGGCUAUGCAAAGAAGAUCAGAGUGUACCCUGGAAGAGACAUGGGGAACACUCCAUACGGGCACUUCACUGUGUAUCCGGAGUGUUUCAAAGUCCCGGAUGCUUGGCUAGAAUCCAAAUCACCAGAGUACGAUUACGGGGCUCUUUUCGUCACAGAUCCAAACCUUAUCCCUAAAGCGGUGUACGGUUUUGGAUAUAGGCUUCUAGAUGAUUCUGAUUUAGAAAAACGUGUGAUAACAAUAGCUGGUUACCCUGGCGAUAAACCGGAUGGUACUCUUUGGGUUGCCGGGGGAACGAUUGGUCGCGUGUUGCCGUAUGCCGUCCAUUACGACAACGACACGGAAGGAGGUCAAAGCGGUAGCCCCGUGUGGACUUGGGACAAAUAUAACUGGAUGGUGGUCGGAAUUCACGGAUAUGGAGGAAGCAUGCGGAACUCAGCUCGUCGGCUGACAGCGGACUUGGUCAGGCAGGUUUACGCUUGGUCUGAGGAUUUGCCCACGGCAACAAGUGACCGACAUUCAAUGACCUCUUUUCGCAGUAGUAGUUAUCGUUGGAUGAGGAUCACAAGUAGAAGUGGGAGAGAAACAACUGUUUAAUGAGAUUAUUAGACACGUGAAGUUUUAUGACAUCACAAAAUGCACACGUGUUGGCGUGGACAGAAACUUGUUUAUCUGUCUAUAUACUGUACAACUGUAUACGUACAUGUACUACAGGGUACAUGCAUUACGACGUUUUUUGCAUCAUUACUUAACGAAUUUGUGUAAAAAUCUAAACGACAGCAUUCAAGCAGUAAAAUUCAUGUAAAAUGUGGUUAGUCAUUCAUAUAGCAUAACUGUUUUAUCAUGUUGCUACCUCCAUAUUAAUUUUUAACUUUUUACGAUUUAAACCUUUAUCAUUAUUGAAAGAUCAUUUAUGCACAGUAUUCAGUAUUCAAUUUUUUAUUCACCUCUAAAUAUCAGUGGCAUCUUAAGAGUUGAGUACGUGUUGUGCCGGCAUUAAAAUCAAUCAAUAUCGAAUUCUAAUGGAUUCUGAUUAACAAAAAGGCACUGCAAAAUUACAUAUUUCUUUACCCCUCGUACAAUGUGUCCGUGUCUUUAAAUAAGUCCAUAAAAUAGCUGUGUGGACGCUACGCAAGUACGUAGUGCUUUACAGGCUUCAAAAUCUAUUCCUACACGGUUGGCAUUAAUAUUGAAGGACACCAACAGAGAGACACCACACAUUAAAAAAAAAAACGCCCAUUGACCAAUCAAAAACUUCCAAACACCCUGAUCACGUUGUGAGGUCAAUGUCAACCUUUCUGAUAUUGCUAUAGAGACACUAGCACAUCUGAAGCACUUCCGGUGUAUUACUGCAUAAGUGAACAGUUAUCAGUGUGCCACUUCCUGAAUCCUGCUCGUGACAUGAGGUGCAGCAUACCGUUCCAUGAACUACCUAUAGCAUCACUUCUACUGGAAAUAUCCUUCAACGUGUCGGCUGUGCUACUAUAGUCAUUUUUCUACGCAACGUAUCGUUAUAUAUAAAUAUAAAACCAUCAAUUGGUUAAACAACUAAAUUAUAAAGGUUAAACUCUGAUGACCAUGAAAUCUUCUCGAUUUCGCAGAAUCACUGUAAUUGGAUUCACUGUCGUCUGCUUGAUAGCAAUGCUGUUUUGGAAGGAGCCAAUCCGCGACCACGUCACGUAUCUUGUACCGGUAUUGGACAACGCGAAUGACAAAUCGCCAUGGGACUCUGUCCCGACGCUUGAAAUUUUCCUCCGCAUGUUCCACAAAACUUAUCCUCUUUACGAGAAGAUAUUCAGACCAAGCGUGGUUUUAUUCUGGCCGCCCCAAAUACGUGUGAUGGUUAUCUUAGACAACGAAUCAAAAGAGGAUCAUGCGCUGGAAAAAGCAAUUAGAGACAGUCCGCAAUAUCCAAAAGUUUUCUUUGAAGAUCCUAACCCAGAAGUUUACAACAAUAUCGGUCCAGACCGUAUGCAGAGGUCGAUGUUUUAUCCCGAAAAUUACACCAAGGCCGAGUACGUCGGCUAUGUGGAUACAUACACUCUGUUCGUGACGGUUGUAACGCCCGAAGAUCUUUUUACAGACGGUAAGCCCAUCGUAAUCGGAGUCGUCGGCCAGUUUCUUAACGAAUUUUGGCGAGAUCUAACAAUGAAGCAUUCCAAAUUAUUCAGAACCGGAGAGGUCAUGAAAUGCAUGUCCUACUUCCCCGUAAUCAUGAAAGUGAAAUAUAUUAUUGAAUGCCGCCAUUACCUAGAGCGGUUACAUAAGAAAUCUUUUGAUGCUAUCAUCAAAGAAAUGUCAGCCAAUCGACGCUUUUCUCAAUUCAGCAUAAUGUGUCAGUGCAUUUACACGCUUCAUCGCAAUGAGUACGUCUUUCACCUCCAUCCGCGUCCAAACUGGAACUUCAAAGGCAAUCUCCCCGGGAGAGUACCACCCCAAUUCUACAAAGAAAACUUCACACCUGAAGAACGUACGCCUACCGUCAGAACCUCGAUACAUUGGAAAUUCCAUUCACUACCCAAAAAAGAACUGCUAAAAUCUCCGUACAACAUGGAGACAUAUUACCCUCAAGCUCUUUUGAUGGGAAUUUGCUAUUCCGGUGGGUUUGAUAUGUGUCCGUCACACUGUAGAUUUUUCAAUAGGAGUGCCAUUCAAAGAGACAUGUUUAAUUAUGAAUGGACGGACUGGACUUGGCACCCCGAUUGUAUGGCAGCCCAAAAGAGACAUUACGAGGAAGUGGACCGUUUGUUGACAUAUUACAAAUCACACGGGAUGCCUAUUUUUGGCGAUAAAAAUGUCACCGCUGUUUGUGAUCAAAUUUAUAACAUGCUUCCGUUAGAUAAGAAGUAUCAAUCUAAUGCCCAGAUUAAGACCUAAUCUACCAAAAGUAAGUUUAAUUCUGAGAUCAACCAAGACCCAAUCUAAGAUCAAGACCAAGGCUUGAUUUUCCAGUGAUGUACACUUUUUUGCAAGAAGCAUUGUACUGGUACUUAAUGUCAGUCAACAUUCGAAGGCAAAUAACUGAUUUGGACAGGAGUGAAAAGACAGAUACUAUAUACAGAUAAAUUAUACACUGUGUUGAAUUAACUAUUUGCAUUUUCAGUGUGGGACUUGACUCCCACGGGCAAAUUUUCUUAAUGUCCAUAUUA